AUGGAUCGCCAGUCUCAGGCUGCGCCGCAGUCGGGCGGCGGCCCUCUCAGCCGGGCAGUGGAAAAAGGCGAGCGCGCCUCGGUGCGCCUGCCACCCUACAAAGACGAAGGCCCCUUGCACGGAAGGUCUUCGGAGACGAUGAAGCGAGCGUCGUUUCGGCGAGAGCAGGGCGAAGGCGAUCACACUCGCGCGAGUUUUUCGCUGCAUCCGUCCACGUCAAUUUUUCGCCCCUUCGGCUCGCGCUGGACUUCGGUGCGCUUCCCCGACGGCCUCGGGAGCCACACGGGCGCGGCUCACCCGCCGCCUGACGAGGAGAAGGAGGAGCCGGACUCCGACGCAGAGGUCGACGACACACCGGCGUACGUCCGCGCGUGCUUGAAGUGGCUCAAGACGAUCUUUCCCGACCCCCAUCCGUUCUACUGGUUCCUCUGCGCCUUCUGCGUCUGCGGCAUGACGGUCCUCAUAGGCCUCGGCGACGGGACUAGUCCCGACCAGAAGGAAUACAGCCUUGGCAUCGCAUCUCCGGGGUGGAAACCAGGAGACUCCGCCGAGGCAACCACAAAGCCGCCCGAAAUCAUCGAAGACGUGGAUAUGCCGGAGAUCCUGGCGCGAGGCGGUCUCGCGUACUUCUACGUGGUCUGCACGAACAUUGCCUUCUGGCUGGGCUUCAUGCUCCUUCGGGUGUUGGUCAUAUUCGGCCUGUUGAACCUCGUCUGCUACGAGAUGCAACUCGCGACGGCGUUCACUGCGACAGUUGAUCCGGACAUUUUCAACGUUAUGUGGAGCAUUUUCUGCUAUCUCUUUUGGCUCAACAACUCCGCAAAAACGAACCUCGUGUUGGUGGCGAAGAAGAAGGCGAAUGUGCAGCCUUUAUUGUAUUUUCGCUUCUUUGGAAGUGACUUUUACUUCGACACGACUUCGUUGGAGAUCAUAUACGUGAGCAACAUCACCAUGAUCAUCCUCAGCUGCCGGCGGCUCAUUCUCUCGCUGAUGAUCUUCGUCUUCGAGCUCGGAUUCCUCAUGAACAUGAACAACCAAGCCGUGGCCUACUUGAGCCGCUACUCGCGCCUGCGGAAAUUCAACAUCAAGUGGUGCGUCCCUCUGGACGCCCCAACGCAGGCGCCGUCCAUCCGGCACAUGACUGCGUGUUCCUUCUCGGCUCAGGACGCGGCAGUGUCGGAGUCGGAUGGUAGCGACUUGGAGCGUUUCCCAGAGCCCGAAGAGUCCGUGCGUUUCUUCCUGGGCGGCGACAAAGGCGACGCGCACGCGAGAGGGCACUGCUCGCGCAUGUCUCGACAUGCUGUUUUGCGCUUUUCGCAGUCGCUGCUGACGCCUGAGGGCGACCCAGGGCAGACGCUGCAAGCGAACCACUUGAGCGACGGCUGCGACGAAGGCGCGGAUGGCAAGAAAAAACUGCUGCCCGCGGGCUCCAGACGGGGCUUCCCGGAGAGGGGCAUGGGGGGACGCGGCGGGGAACACCCCGCCUCCCGGCACUCACGCGCGACGCUGCGGGGGUCUGCGACGCUCCUGCGGGCUGGAACGCUGCUGAGGGCUGGAACGCUGCUGAGGGCUGGAACGCAGGCGAAGGAGACCGUGACAGGGCAGCUGUGCAUUCGCCACGGGGCGACGGAGAAAAGGCUUCGGGCCGAGUUCGACACCGACAACUUGCCUAGGCAGCUCCGCCAGGCUUACAUCGAGAAGAGCCGGACGUCGAAGAUUCGCAACUGGCUGCUGAUUCACUACGUGUACGACUACCCGCCGUGCCUCUUUGUGGGGUCGCAGCGCAUCGAGUUGACGCACAAGCCUGUGGCUAAGCAGGUGGCGGAGCAUCUCUUCACGGAAAUCGUUCGAGACCAGACGGAGCUCGAGGAUGCCAGAAACCUGUCGAGUGAGAAACACCGCACCCUCGACGCCAUGCUGAAUCUCGGCGAGGGGGACAGCCCCCGAUUCAAUCCCGCGAGAAAAGACGAUCGAAGCGGCAGCUGCGUGUGGGCGGAUCGGCCGGCGGCGUCCGCGCCAUCUGCCUCGUUCUCUGGCAACUUCGCGGGGGACUCAAGUCUUAUCUCAGAGGGCUUGCAUGUGUCGUUUUCCCGCGAGGACUCGCUGCGCGCCGGCGACGACUCUCCAACAGGGGCUCCCACUGCAAACACAGGCCUGCCGUCGUCCGCCUUCUCCACCCUGUCGCCGACUUCGUCCGCGCCCGUGCCCUCUGCGUCGCCACCGUCUCCGCCGCUAGCAUCUUCGCCUUCAGCGGCGCCGACAGAGCCCGCAGGGGUACAGCAGGAGGCGCCGCCGGCAGAGAAGGCGCCUGGAGCGGAGCAGCAUGCUGCCGAGGCGCGGGUGCUUGCGCACCUGCCCACCGACCCCGCCUCGUCCUCCUCCUCCGCCUCGUCCUCGCCCAUGAUGGCGCCCGAGGGCGGAGACAGGCCCGCCGAGACCGUGCCUUCGCUUCCGCCUGCCCCCGCCGCGACUGUGGCUGACGCGGCCGCAGCGGCCGGACGCCCUGAGGGCGAGGACAGGGCACGAGAAGAGGAACGCAGGGUGGGCGACAGGGCGCCGCUGCUGCAGAAAACUCCAUCGGAAGAUUUCGAACCGCUUGAAGGCGACUUCGAUUUCCGCGUGCUAGACGCACAAACCGCGAGACUGCCUGAGCACUUGCGGACGAAGCACUUCGAUACCCACACGCAGUUUUCUAUCGCGGUUCGGCCGGACCAAGCCGAUGUCGACGCGCAUCUCAAUCGUCAAGCGGAAAACCCUCCUCCGCCUUUGGCAGUUCCUGAGGCGCGCCGACCCCGGCGCGGGGGGGGCCGUGGCGGCGGCGCCCGGCGCGCGCGGCUGGAGGUAGGGCCUCCGCUGCUAGUCCACGAGGGACGCCCUCCUUUUCCGUCCGCUGCGGCGCCUUCUUUCUCUUCUUCGCCUUUGCAUCAGCGCGUUAUGGAGGAAGAAACGUCGCCCGUCGUCGCGCAGGACUCGUCGCGGUCUCGGCCGAGCCCGCAGGCGGCGCGCAGCUCUGGAGGACAGGACUGGAAGGGCACGGACGCCUCGGGAGCCUCGCACGAGGCGCGCGCCGAGCGGUGUUGCGGCUCCACCGAGAGUUCGGUUUCUGGCGACCGUGCGCAGAGAGGACGGCGCCGUCGUCUGUGGGUGGCGAGCGCCGACGCCUCUGCUGACGACGAACAAACGUGCCGCGUCGUCUGCGAGGACUUGAGCGACGCGCUGUCUUCGUCAGCAUCCGAAACCGAGGACGGCGCAGAAACACGCUUUGCGAAGAGGGAGCACUCGUGGCUCGAAGACGGCGCGUGGAAGCGAAAAACAUGGACGACGACACUCGGACGCAGCGCUCGGUUCACACAGUCCGAAGACAACAGCGAAACGGGUCGCGAGUCGGACGAGGAGAACAAGGCUACGAAUCUCCUCCUAGCGCCCUAUGUCAUGGAUGCGCGGCUGCGCAGUGAGCACGGCUCCUGCUCUGCGCCGUCUCAGGGCUCAGCCGGCGACUCCGCUGCGAGAGCCGCAGCGCAGGUGCAACUGGCUGGGCAGUGUGCGGCGCCCCAGAAGCGCGGUAACCUGAUGAAACUGCCGCAGGAGCCGCCGCGCGGAGAGACAACUCGCACCGCCAGGCAACGCACAGUCGAUUUGUCGCAGUGGUCUGCGGGAGGGAGUGAGGCUUCGCUCCCGCUGGCGGAAGACGCGUUCGCGCAAGACGAAUUCGAGAUGCCGCAGGCCCCUGACGGGAGGCGCGGAGACGCAGCGCGGGGCUGGAACGCGCAGGGGGGCGGGCGAACGGCAGACGUCGAGAUGGUCACUCGCCGCGGCGGAGGGCAGCGACCUGAGGACGGAGGACGCCGGAAACGCUUCACAGGGGGGGCUGCAUCGAGUCAGUUCGCCUACCUGCCUUCGCGGACGCACGCAGCAGAGUUUGCCGGCUCUGCCAACGCGUCCUCGGAGCCGACGAACGCUCUGGAACCGGCUGGCGCCGCGGGCCUCGAGCCCGCAUCCGACGGCAGCUGCCCGGCGACGCGGGCUCCAGAGACCCUGUCUCCAGGCGUGCCGGCGGCGGGAGGAAGCUCUGGGAACUUCUUGUCGCCGAAGCUGUUGAUCGGCGAAGAAUUUCUCAAGCCUCGCGGGCGCGCGAACGCAGUUUUCGUCUCCGGGGGUCAUGACAGCAAGAAAGAGGACCCAGAAGACGCGGCGAUCAAGAGAGAGUACAUCGAGCUGUUCAUGCGUUCCGAAGAAGUGGACGAACUGAUGAAACAAGUUGACUUGGCAGGGCAUCGGAAAUUCAAUUUGGCCAUGUUCAAGAGAGCGGUCGUCGUGCUGUAUUCGAUGCGCAAGAAGCUGCUGAAAGCUCUGAAGAGCCAAGCGAGCAUAGCUUCGACUGUGAGCCGAAUGAUUUCGGUCCUCCUUUGGGUCGUUUCCUUCAUCAUCUUCCUGCUUGUGAUCGGCGUCAACAUCAAUACGGUCAUUGUCUCUGGAGCAGCUUGCCUGUCUGCGAUCAUCGUCGCUCUCAGCUACUUUUACCAGCACUUCGUGACUGCGGUGAUCUUCAUCGCCGUCUCAAACCCGUUCAACGUGGGCGACCGCGUGCGCAUAGACGGCACCGAAAUUCUCUACGUCCGCAAAAUUCGGACCUAUACCACGGAGUUCGAGACAGUCCACGGCCGUCCAAUUUUCUACAGCAACGCUGUUCUCUUCAACCGGAUGAUUACCAACGAGUCGCGAUCGAAGAACUCAUGCUUGGAAAUUCCUCUCUCGAUUGACAUUCGCACGCCAGAGGGCGUGAUCAGGCAGCUGCAGAGCGCCAUGCAGAAGUACAUGGAGAGCCACGAACUCGAAUUCGUGAAAGACACUUUCAGAAUGUUUGUCACCAGUGUGCAGCCCGGACGCCAAAUCGAUAUCGCCUUCUGGAUGACGUGUGUGGAGGGCUGGGGCAACUUCUUGAAGGUCCUCCGCACGCGCACGGACGUCUACUUUUACCUUUUGAAGCAGCUCUCGCGGCUGCACAUCUCCUUCCAGCUGCCGCUCCAACCCACGCACAUUUCCUCGAACUCCUUCCUCUCGAUCGGCACAGACAGCGGAGGAGGCGCCGGCGCCGCGCGCGUGCCCUUCGCCUUAUCUUCUAUACCGGCGCCUGCAGAGAGAAAGGUCGUCAGCGCUGCGGCGGCUACUCAGCAGUUCCAGAAUGCGCCGACGCACGCAGCCUCGCUUCCCAUGGAUUUCGCGGCUCCAGAGUGGAGCCCUCAGCGUCCCUGGCAAGGUGCCUCUCCGUUGUCUACCGCAGAUCUGUGCAGCUGCGAGAAGGACUGGUGCGGUGCGUCUGGCUAUCCGCUUUCUCGGUGUCGCAGCCCUGGAUUUCCAGCUGUGGGCGCGCACGAGGAAGACGACAGGAAGGGAAGGAGGGCAUUUUGGGAACGCGCCGGAGCCCUGGCGGCCGGUGUGCUUCGGUCCGUCAACGCCUCUGCGACCGCGUCCGCGGCGCGAGCGGCGAGCUACAUGGGGCUACAUGGCGACAAGGGGGACACCUGCUGGCGCGAGCUGGCACGGGGUGGCGACAGCGCCUUGCGCGGCGGCGUUUCGCCACGCAGCACUGCGGGCUGGCGCGCUCACAGGCGGCGCUACGUUCCAGCGCCCACGGUGAGUUUCCUGGAAGACGCGAGACUCCCAGAGGGCCGUUCGCCAGCAGAGACGAGUCAGGACGAAAGAGCUGUCUUUUCGUCCUGUUGGGCGUCUCCGCAAGCUGCGGGAGCUGGUGGAGGCUCGAGGGCGCCUUGUUCGAGAGAGAAGGGGGUACGGAGAAGGCGCGGACAAAGAGCGCGGAGAGACGCGGAGGACGAAUUCGGUUACUCGUCUUCAUCCUCCCUGGCAGGGACUCGCCGUGCGGACACGCGCACAAGAGAGGUUAGGGCGGCGGCUGCCUCCGCGGACGGGACGGUCAAAAGGAGACAUCGCAGCCAGCGGGAGUCAGCGCGACGCGAAGGCGAGGUGCACAGACGCAGCCGAAGAUGCCUGUAUCCAUCGUCAGGAGAGAGGAGACCGGUGAAGAACUGCGCUUGCAAAAAGCAGGAGAAUGAAGACGUACUUGCAGGACGAGAGCGGGAAGUCUUCGGUAGUUAA